CUCUUCCUGAGUCGUUUCCUUGGAGAGUCCAGUCAUUGCAUUCGCUUCACCCCGGUGGAGCAGCUGCCCCAAACAAGCCAUCUGGUUCGCUCACCUAUUCUAGCUGGGAAUCCUUGAAGUUUCUUGCGAACAACAGUGAACUAAAAAGAAAUAUGACAAGAAACGUGGUGCUCAUUGUGAUAGCUGCAAUCGCAGCUCUCAUACCAGCCGUGGUGCCCGAAUGCCAGAAGAGGGACUACGGCAAGGGAAGCGUCGUGUGCGUCUGCAACACCACGUACUGCGAUUUCGCCGGUCAUGUCUCACUUCCACCAACCGGGUCGGCCUUCGCCUAUGAAAGCAGCAAGGACGGCCUACGUUUCAACAAGACAACGAUACCUCUCAGCAGGGCGCCCCCUCAGGACACAAGUGCCAAUAACUCCCUCCUUCUCGUGCUGGACUCUUCGAAGGUGCACCAAACAGUUUACGGCUUCGGAGGUGCCUUCACCGACGCCGCAGGAAUAAACGUGAAAUCUCUCCCGGAAAAACUGCAAAAUGACCUUAUUAAGUCCUACUAUGCAAAAGAAGGUCUCGCUUACAACAUGGGCAGGGUUCCUCUGGCUAGCACUGACUUUUCUGAACGCAAGUACACUUACGAUGACACCCCGGGUGACUUGGAGCUGGAAAAUUUUGCACUUGCUCGGGAAGACGUGGAACUUAAGAUCCCGUACAUAAAAAAGGCCACGUCUCUGGUAACAGGACCUCUGCUUUUGAUCGGAAGCGCGUGGAGCAGUCCAGCCUGGAUGAAGACCUCCAACUCACUUGUGGGAGAAGGUGGUCUCAUAGGCGAACCAGGAAGUGUCUACUACAAGUCUUGGGCGAAGUAUUAUGCCAGGUUUUUGCAGGAAUAUGAUAACCAUGGCAUCCGCUUCUACGGCUUGACAGCGCAGAACGAGCCAACGACAGGCUUUUCGCCCACCGUUAAGUGGCAGACCCUGGGAUUUACAGCGCAGUCUCAGAAGGACUUCAUCAAGCGCGACAUGGGACCGACGCUCGCUGAGGCCGGCUAUGACUCGGUUCAGCUACUGAUCUUCGAUGAUAGUAACUCCACUUUUCCCGAAUGGUCAAAUGUGGUGCUCAGUGAUCCGGAUGCAGCCAAGUAUGUGGCCGGAGUGGCCAUCCACAAGUACACCAACGAGUCCGUUGGUACGACGGCUCUUGACCAAGUGCACGAAAGCUUCCCGAACAAGUUCAUCUUGAAUACUCAGAUAUGCGCUGGCUCGGACGCUAGGCCCGAAGACAAGGUCAUGUUGGGCAGCUGGGAGCGUGCCGAAGAGUACGCGAGCAACAUCAUUGAGGACUUCAACCAUUGGGUUAACGGUUUUAUUGACUGGAACCUGGCUCUGAACACGAAUGGUGGCCCCAGCUGGGCUGAACAUUUCCUCGACGCACCCAUUAUCGUGAACGCCACUGGCCAGGAGUUCUACAAGCAGCCGAUGUACUACGCCUUGGGCCAGUUCAGCAAGUUCCUUCCCUCAGCCACUGUCAGGAUUGAGUCUCAUCUGGAGCAAGCUCAUUCACUAAACACGACUGCGACGAAUCUCCAGUACACAGCGUUCUUCACGCAGUAUUCUGGAAUAGUUGUGAUCGUGCUCAACAAGGACGACAAGAAAUACAACUUGAAGAUCAAAGACCUGUCCCGUGAAGGAAGCGUCCAAAAGGUCAUCAACGAGCGGUCGAUAACUACGUUUGUCUGGAGGGCUGGAAAGCCACUCGGCGGUCAAUAAAUGGUUUAUGGCAUGUAUA